AUGGAAAUAAUUCCGUGCCUUGAAAAAGAUUUAGGGAUUCAAUGCUUGGCAAAGGUUCCCUACAGAUUCCACCGCAAACUUAGGGCUGUCUCCAAGAGCUGGAACGCCCUACUCAGCUGCGAACACUUUUAUAAAGAGCGACAGCGCAAUGGCGAGUGCGAAGAGGGAGUAGUUUCUCUUCAGCUAACCAAAUUUACUGAAACCGAUUUCAAUGUAAUUAUUUACUACCCGAUUGGGCACUGGUGGGAAAUACUGCCUGGAAUCCCAGAAGAAUUUGAACUAGAUUACACAGAAUAUCAUCGAUGCGUCUUCGUUAGAUCAAAACAUCAGUUGGUUGUGGUGGGGCUGUUCAACAGGCGCACCGAAAUAGAAGGUGUGUUGAUAUUUGAUUUCUUAUCUCGCAAAUGGCGGCUGGGCGCCGACAUGCCACGCAAUCGAUUUGAAUUCGCAUGUGCAGCGUCACCAACUGAAGGACUCGUCUAUAUUGCCGGAGGUUACAACGGCCUUUACACAGAAGAAUGGAGUCCCUAUCAACUAGAAGCUUUUGUUUAUAAUGUAGAGGAAAACAAAUGA